AUGACGCGCUCUAUACCAGAAAAUCGAGACAUUCGAAGCGAAGCCGCGGGCGGAUCUGCUCUUGCGGUUGAGGCCCGCUCUGGCUCAGGCUCCGGCUCUGGUGCUGCCCUCUCUCUGUUUGGAUUCGCCCACCCGCGCGCCCAUUCCUUUUCCGGCCAGAGAUCUCGCCGUCACGGCUACUACUACACGCCUACGCCUCCCAUCAACAGUCCUCGGCGAACUUGGUUGCCCACCAGGCCCGCCCGAGGCCUUCGCAUGCUCAAGGUCACGAUGAAACCCCAGCGAGACAUUCUACCCGCAGGCCCAACAGUAGCCAGCAGCGCCUCAUCGGAGCGGGAGUCGACCCCGCAAUCCGCCACCGGUUCCACGCCCAGUGCACCUAGACGCCGCCCUCAGACCAAGAUUGCUUGCACAUCAUGUCGUCGAAGGAAAUCGAAAUGCGAUGGCAUGCGUCCCGUGUGCUCAUUGUGCGCCGGCAUGGGUCGCACCAAGUGCGAGUACGACGCCGGCCCAGACGUCACCCGCUUUGCCGCUCUCAAGACCAAGCAUGAGGGGCUGCAGCGACGCCUUGCCCUCUUUGAAGAACUCUUCCGCCUGCUGUCCAUGCGUUCUGAUGCCGAAUCUCUCGAGAUAAUCAGCCGUAUGCGCACUGCCAACAUCGAGACAGACCUCGAGGAUCUCGUCAAGUUCAUCAAGAACGCCGACUUGUUGAUGCAACUGUCCUCCACUCAAGCGGACCACACACCUCCCGCAUCAGGGGCAUCGGGUGCUGGGACGCAUCUCCCCAGCACGUCCCUAAACGACAUUUCCUCUCUCUUGGAGCUAUUGUAA